AUGACGAAUGGAUGGGAUAUUUUCUCCGACAUCCUUUCUAAUAAACUGACCGAUAAAGCACUAAAGUUCUUAAAAAAACAUGUUGGAUCGGAUCUUUUCAUUGUUUGCGGUGACGGCGGGGUUGGAAAGUCGUCAUUUAUCAAAUCGAUUACUGGCGAGGAUGUCUACAUUGGAUCCACAUUAGAGUCUGGUACGAGGGUGACAGCCCUUGUUCCAGCUGUCAUCAAUGAUAAGCGUUGCCUUUUCCUUGAUAUGCCUGGAUUUAAUACCGUUGACUUUGACAACUGGGAUGUCUUCUUUCGCUUAAUGGCGGCUAUGUCAGUUGUUCAGAGCUACGUCGAAUUCCGCGGUGUGCUGUUCGUCGAUUCGUUUUCGAGACCAAGGGUCAGUCCCUCCGCCAAAAUUCUUCUGACCUGGUUAUCUCUAUUCUGUGGUCUUGAAUACAUGCCUAACGUGGCAAUUGUCACCACAAGAUGGGACGGCCUAGACGCAGAUGGAGUCGCAGAAAAGUUGAAGAAUGUUGAGGACUGGAAAAAAUCGUGGCUUGCAGAAAUGACCUCCAAAGGGGCAGCCAUCUAUCAUCAUGGACUCAUUGAUAAGGAACCUGGCUACCAAACACUCCAUAUCAACAGAGAUGCCUCCGAAAGGCAAACUCGGGCACGCAGAUUUAUCGGAACCCAUUAUCGCGGGUCCACGGAUUUGAAGCUCCAGAUCUACAUUGAGAUCGCGAACGGAGCCACACUUGAGACGACACGGGCAGGGAGAUGGCUGAAAUACGGAAACACAUCUAGCGGUACAGCCGAUGCUCAAGAAGAGAGAUCAUCGAAUAGUUCUGGUACGGGACAAGGUAACUUCUGGGAUAACGUCAAAUGGGAAGACAUGCAACGCUGGGCUAGACUCCUCUAUCAGGCAGGCAGGUUUUUCAUGUCCGCGAAUGCCCGUCGCUCCCCAUCAUUUGGCGAAUUUGAUGAAGAAUUCGAUUAUCAGCCUUUCUAUGAGGCGGGGUUCUCCUUCAAUGAUUCUUGGGAUGAUAUUUUCAAUGAAAGUCCAGUCCCCGAGUCUCCCCCUUCCUCCUCCACGUGCUCUAUUCUAUGA